GAAUGCAAUCAGGUUUAAAAAAGAUUAGAUUCACUUUAUAUAUAAUAAUGUUAACUUAUUUAUAUUAUUUUACAUAUUGUACUACUGCUUCAAUAUUUCGUAAAUGGUUGGUUACUCAUUCUAAAUCAUUGAAUAUUGUCAUGUUUGUAACCUACGCUUUUUUUAAUCCUCUUUGCAUUUUGUUCGUUGUAGCAACGAUAAGUAUAAGGAUAAUACAAAGUUGUAGAAGAGAAUCAUCAACUACUAUAUUAAUUAAUAAUAAUAAUAUUAUUAAUAAUAUCAACGCUAAUAAUAAUUCCCCUCAUAUAAAGCGAAUAAGUAAUACUAGUACACAUUUAGUACCAAUUAAUGAUAAUUCACGUAAAUUUCGUCCAGUUUCUGGAUUUGCACAAGAAAUACCGGAAUUAGAUUCAAUCACUUCAGCGAUUGCUCACAUGGACCAACACCAAUUUGAUGAUCUAGUUGCUUACACUCAAUUUAAUACUAAUAAUAAUGCUAAACGGGACGUUGAAGAAAUUGAAAAAAAUGAAUCCGGAUCCGGAUCCGGAUCCGGAUCUGAAUCUGAAUCUGAAUAUGAAUAUGAAUAUGAAUUAAUUGAAGAAAAGUCAAUAGGGCAACUUGAACGAGUUGUUGUUAGACCUGCUUCUCCUACUAUUCCUAUUUUUUCAACUAGUCCAAAAUAAGAUUAUAAUAAAAAUAUAUAAAUAUAUUAUCUUUAUUGCAUUUGUACUUUAAAAAAAAGUAAUUUUUUUCAUUUGUAUAUUUAGAUUAUUUAGAUUAUUUAGAUUAUUUAGUAUAUUUUACACUUUCACAUCAUCGAGAAUAUAAAAAAAAAUCGAUUAAGAAUUAAUAAUAUAUAAAU